AUGGCAAUAAAGAUUGAUAUGGAAAAGGCUUUUGACUUCAUGGAAUGGGUUUUUAUUCUUAGGAUUUUAGAGUGCCUGGGAUUUAGACAAACAUGGAUCAACUGGAUUAAAGAGUGUAUCAUGACAGUCUCUUUCUCUGUUAUCAUAAAUGGCACUCCUAAUGGUUUUGUCAAGCCAAGUAGGGGAUUAAGACAGGGAGGAAUGGGGCCCUACACGGGGAGAGACCCAAAUGCGAUGAAGCCCGAGUGGUUGAGGCAGAGAGCCCCUCAAGGAGAGAGGUACGAGCAGGUCAAGGACUCGCUCUUACGCUUGAAUCUCAACACCGUCUGUGAGGAAGCGCAGUGCCCUAAGAUUGGCGAGUGUUGGAAUGGAGGCGGAGACGGUGUUGCCAUUGCCACGAUCAUGCUUCUUGGGGAUACUUGCACCCGAGGCUGUAGAUUUUGCGCUGUCAAAACCAACAGAAACCCCGCACCUCCUAAUCCAUCGGAACCACAAAACACUACCAACGCUAUCGCAAGUUGGGGUGUGGACUAUAUUGUUCUAACAAGUGUGGAUCGUGAUGAUCUACCUAACGGUGGAGGUGGGCAUUUUUCUCAAACCGUCAAAACUAUGAAGAAACUCAAGCCCAAGAUCAUGGUUGAGUGUUUAACUUCUGAUUUUCGGGGUGAUUUGAAGGCCGUAGAGACUCUGGUACACUCUGGGUUGGAUGUAUUUGCCCAUAAUAUUGAGACUGUGAGACGGCUUCAGCGAAUUGUCAAAGAUCCUAGGGCUGGGUAUGAACAGAGCUUGUCAGUUCUAAAACAUGCCAAGCUCAGCAAGGAGGGCAUGAUAACAAAAUCUUCUAUAAUGUUGGGCCUUGGAGAAUCUGAUAAUGAGUUGAAAGAAGCCAUGGCUGAUUUAAGGGCUAUAGAUGUUGACAUUUUGACACUUGGACAAUAUUUACAGCCAACUCCAUUACACCUGACUAUUAAAGAGUAUGUUACCCCUGAAAAGUUUGCUUUCUGGAAGGAAUAUGGUGAAUCCAUUGGAUUUCGUUAUGUAGCCAGUGGGCCACUGGUCCGAUCCUCAUAUAGGGCUGGUGAGCUCUUUGUUAAGACCAUGGUUAGAGAAAGUGUUAACAGCACUGGUGGCAAAUCCUAA